AUGGCCUCAAAUUGGAUACACGAGCUUUUGGUGCAUGGCAGCAAUAAGCUUAUACACGAUCGGAAGCCUCCCAUCUCGUCUUCUUCGUUUUACACGCCCGGAGAUCUUAUCACAAACGACAUAGAGUCGUUUAUUUGUGGAAACGGUACCAUUCUCGACAGUUCAAAUUCAUCCAUCUUGUCUACGGUUGCUGGAAAUGUCGAGUACAUCAACAAACUUAUACGAGUUAUCCCUCCAAAGGCAAGAUACCUUGGCGAAAUCGGGGAUGUCAUCGUUGGCCGAGUCAUCAGGGUUUGUCAACGAAAGUGGGCCAUCGAUUUAAAUGGCCAACAACCGGCUACCCUGCAGCUAUCGGCAAUUUAUCUUCCCGGCGGCAUUCAGAGAAGAAAAUUAGAAGAAGACGAGUUGCUGAUUCGUCAGUUCUUCGUCGAGGGCGAUUUGAUUUCCGCCGAAGUGCAGGCUAUUCAUGCGGAUGGCUCGGUCUCCAUUCACACUAGAAGUGUUAAAUAUGGAAAGGUACCCCUUUGUGCUUAUCUUUGCAAUGGCAUUUUCGUCGCCGUAAAUCCACGGAAUAUCCAGAGAUCAAAAUUCCAUUUUGUUUCCCUCGCCUGUGGCGUCGAUUUAAUAAUAGGAAUUAACGGGUUCAUUUGGAUCGGUUUACCAGAGGACACACAGGCCAGGCUGAACACGGCAAACGUCGUCGAUGGCAAUCCGUAUGCUCUUGCCAACAGGAACCUUUCUGUCGAUGAUCGUCUUUUAUUGUCCAGGGUUCGUAACUGCAUACUGAUUUUGGAUACCCAUUCCAUUUCCAUUUCAGAGACUUCCAUUCAAAAUUGUCUGCAAAUCAGCUCGGAUUUCGAGGUGCCUUGUCUCCUUGAUCGGGACAUAUCAAUUUCCAUUGCCUCCCGGCUUUUCAAAGAUGCUUACAAAUAA